CUCUUGAUAGCUGAGGGAGCUUGCUGUUUCUCAUCCACCAGUCUACUGCCGUGAAAGAUGUCCCAAGAAGCAGAGAUCUCCAAAGCUGAAGAACGACAUGUCGAAUUCAUCGAACCACAAACCCAUCCACAGCACCGAACCCCCGAUCAACCAAAGUACGAUGACGCUGCCGACCUCAUCAACGACCUGGGACGCUCGCCCAUCCUCACAAAGGAAAUCAACACCCGCGUUCUUCGGAUGAUCGACCUGCGCCUCCUUCCAAUCCUCCUGGGUAUCUACUUCCUACAGCAAAUUGACAAGACCACCCUAUCGUACGCAUCCGUGUUCGGACUGAUCGAAGAUGCCAACCUUCACGGCCAACAAUACUCCUGGCUUGGCUCGGUUGUCUACCUCUCCCAGUUGGUUGUCCAACCGCUCGUCGCAUAUAUUCUGGUGAAGGUGCCGCUAGGGAAGUUCCUGGCUUGUACGAUGCUGUUUUGGGGAAUUGCGUUGACUUGCAUGACGCCGUCGGAUACGUUUGCGAAGUUGUUGGUUUGUCGGCUGUUUUUAGGUGCUUUUGAGGCUGGUAUUCCUCCGGCUUUUAUUGCGGUUACGCAGAUGUGGUAUCGACGUCUUGAACAACCUGUUAGAUUGGGCUCAUGGUACGCGAUGAACGGUGUCGUCAAUAUGUUUGGGAGUUUGAUAACAUAUGGCCUUGGUCAUAUCCAGUCUCACAUCUUUGAGCCCUACCAGAUAAUCUUCCUGUUCUUCGGUCUUAUUACGGUCACGUUCUCUGCAAUUGUAUUGGUCUUUAUGCCGGACUCUCCGGUAAGAGCCAAGUUUCUCAAGGAAGAGGAUAAGCUUGUUGCAAUUGAGAGGCUCCGAAUGAAUCAACAGGGUGUCGAAAACAAUCAAUGGAAAUGGGACCAUGUUAAAGAAGCCUGUAUAGACCCAAAGACAUGGUUUUGGUUUGUGCUGAUGUUCGCUAUAUCACUUCCAAGUGGUGGCAUAUCCACAUUCGGCCCCCUGAUCAUCGAAUCCUUCGGCUUUGACCAGUUCAAAACAAUCCUCUUUAACAUACCCUUUGGCGCAGUACAACUCAUCGCUACCAUGGGAGGGGCAUGGUUUGCCACGAUGUUGAAAAUAAAGGGACCUGUUAUUGUCUUGCUAUGUCCACCCUCGAUUGCUGGGUGCGUGAUGCUGUUGCGUAUUACGCAUGAUGCUGCUCAUAAGGGGCCUUUAUUAGCGGGGUAUUAUAUUAUAUCUGUCUACCCAGGCAUAACACCACUGAUCUACUCAUGGUCUGCCGGAAAUACAGCAGGCGAAACGAAGAAAAAGGUCACAACGGGCCUUCUGUUAAUCGGUCAAUGUACUGGUAAUGUCGUUGGUCCUAACCUAUACACAACCGCCGAUGCACCGCUCUAUAGACGAGGCUUAAUAUCGAGUCUCGCAAUGUUUUGCGUUCUAAUCUUGCUUAGUCUAUUGAACACAGCAUACCUCCUCCUUCUGAAUAAGAGACAUGAAAAGAAACGAGUCUCCAUGGGAAAGAGCGCCAAAAUCGUCGAUAAAUCCAUGGCCGCCAUUGGAACAGUGUUCAAGGAAGAAGAGGGCAAAGUCCCGCAGGAGGAAGGGGCUGAUGAUAAUGCAUUCAGGGAUCUGACAGAUUUGGAUAACGAGGAUUUUGUCUAUGUAUAUUGA